AUGAAGCAAAUUCCUGUUGUGGAAAGAAUGCAAGCCCAGAAAUCCUGGAUUGAAGGAGUAUUUGACAAGAGGGAAUGUAACAAAGUCAUACCCAGCUCAAAAGAUCCUCACAGGUGUGCUCCAGUAUGCCAGGUCUGCCAGAAUUUAAUCAGGUGUUACUGUGGCCGAUUGAUUGGAGAACAUCCUGGAAUAGAUUAUGCCUGGACCAUCUCAGCUGCCAAGAGUAGUGAAAAUGAACAAUGGUCUGUUGAAAAGCACACAACAAAAAGCCCUACUGAUGCCUUUGGCACAAUUAAUUUCCAAGAUGGCGAGCAUACCUACCAUUCCAAGUAUAUUAGAACUUCUUAUGAUACAAAAUUGGAUCAUCUGUUACAUUUAAUGUUGAAAGAGUGGAAAAUGGAACUGCCCAAGCUGGUGAUCUCUGUCCAUGGGGGCAUCCAGAACUUUAAGAUGCCCUCCAAGCUUAAAGGGAUCUUCAGCCAAGGUUUGGUCAAAGCUGCAGAGACGACGGGAGCGUGGAUCAUAACCGAAGGCAUCAACACCGGAGUGUCCAAGCAUGUUGGAGAUGCCCUGAAAGCUCAUUCCUCUCAGUGCUUGAGAAAAAUCUGGACAGUUGGAAUCCCUCCUUGGGGUGUUAUUGAGAACCAGAGAGAUCUUAUUGGAAAAGAUGUGGUGUUUCUGUACCAGACUCUGGGUAACCCCCUCAGCAAGCUCACCACACUCAACAGCAUGCACUCUCACUUCAUCCUCUCUGACGAUGGGACUGUGGGCAAGUAUGGAAAUGAAAUGAAGCUCAGGAGGAACCUGGAGAAGUACCUCUCUCUGCAGAAAAUACAUAGCCGCUCAGGACAAGGCGUGCCGGUGGUGAGGCUGGUGGUGGAAGGAGGUCCCAAUGUCAUCCUGGCAGUGUGGGAGACCGUCAAGGACAAGGACCCGGUGGUGGUGUGCGAGGGCACAGGCAGAGCUGCGGACCUCCUGGCCUUCACCCACAAACACUUAGACGAGGGGAUGCUGCGUCCUCAGGUGAAAGAGGAGAUCAUCUACAUGAUUCAGAACAUUUUCAACUUUAGUCUUAAACAGUCUAAGCACCUGUUUCAAAUUCUAAUGGAAUGCAUGGCGUACAGGGAUUGUAUUACCAUAUUUGAUGCGGAUUCUGAAGAGCAACAAGACCUUGAUUUAGCAAUCCUGACAGCUUUGCUGAAGGGCACAAAUUUAUCAGCAUCGGAACAAUUACAUCUGGCAAUGGCUUGGGACAGAAUGGACAUUGCCAAGAAACAUAUCCUAAUUUAUGGACAACACUGGAAGCCUGGUGCACUGGAACAAGCGAUGUUAGAUGCUUUAGUGAUGGAUCGGGUGGAUUUUGUGAAACUCUUAAUAGAAUAUGGAGUGAAUCUCCAUCGCUUUCUUACCAUCCCUCGACUGGAAGAGCUCUAUAAUACAAAACAAGGACCCACUAAUAUGCUCUUGCAUCAUCUUGUCCGAGAUGUAAAACAGCACACCCUUCUCUCGGGCUACAGAAUAACACUGAUUGACAUUGGCCUGGUGGUAGAAUACCUCAUUGGUAGAGCGUAUCGCAGCAGCUACACUAGAAAAAGUUUCAGAGCCCUCUACAACCACCUCUACAGAAAACAUAAGCACCGGAAACGCCACUCGGGAAACAGAAAGGAGUCCACGGAGAGUGCGCUGCAUUCCCAGUUCUUUAGAACUGCCCAGCCGUACAAGCUCAAGGAAAAGUCUGCAGUCCUUCAUAUAUCAAGGAAGAAGUCAGAAGAAGAACAAAAUAUAUCAGAUGAUCUCGAGUCGACUGGCUUCAUUUACCCUCACAAUGACCUGCUGGUUUGGGCCGUGCUAAUGAAAAGGCAGAAGAUGGCCAUGUUCUUCUGGCAGCAUGGAGAGGAGGCCACAGUGAAAGCAGUGAUUGCUUGUAUCCUCUACCGAGCCAUGGCCCACGAAGCUAAGGAGAGCCACAUGGUGGAUGAUGCCUCGGAAGAGUUGAAAAAUUACUCAAAACAGUUUGGCCAGCUCGCCCUGGACGUGUUGGAGAAGGCGUUCAAGCAGAAUGAGCGGAUGGCCAUGAAGCUGUUGACGUACGAGCUCAAGAACUGGAGCAAUUUCACCUGCCUGAAGCUGGCUGUGUCUGGAGGGCUGCGGCCCUUUGUUUCGCACACGUGCACCCAAAUGCUGCUGACAGACAUGUGGAUGGGGCGCCUGAAAAUGAGGAAAAACUCUUGGUUAAAGAUCAUUAUUAGUAUUCUUUUACCUCCUACCAUUUUGACAUUGGAAUUUAAAAGCAAAGCUGAGAUGUCGCACGUUCCCCAGUCACAGGACUUCCAGUUUACGUGGUAUUACGGUGACCAGAACUCCAGCAGUUCCAAAGAAAGUGCUUAUGCGAAAGACUAUGAUGUGGAAAGGGGCCCUGAUGAGAAGCUGAGUGAAAAUCAGCGCUUUGAUUUAGAGAGUGGGCCCCAGAGCCUUCCAUGGACUAGGAAGGUCUAUGAGUUCUACAGUGCUCCGAUUGUCAAGUUUUGGUUUUAUACGAUGGCGUAUUUGGCAUUCCUCAUGCUGUUCACCUACACGGUGUUGGUGGAGAUGCAGUCCCAGCCCAGUGUGCAAGAGUGGCUUGUCAUCAUUUACAUCUUCACCAACGCUAUUGAGAAAGUCAGGGAGAUCUGUAUUUCGGAACCUGGGAAGUUUACUCAAAAGGUUAAGGUAUGGAUUAGUGAAUACUGGAAUGUAAUAGAGACGUUGGCAAUUGGCUUAUUUUCAGUUGGUUUCGGUCUUCGGUGGGGUGAUCCUCCUUUUCACACAGCAGGAAGACUAAUCUACUGCAUAGACAUCAUAUUCUGGUUCUCACGACUCCUGGACUUCUUUGCUGUGAAUCAACAUGCAGGUCCAUAUGUGACCAUGAUUGCAAAAAUGACAGCGAACAUGUUUUACAUUGUGAUCAUGAUGGCUAUAGUCCUGCUGAGUUUCGGAGUGGCGCGCAAGGCCAUCCUGUCGCCAAAGGAGCCACCGUCCUGGAGCCUGGCCCGAGAUAUUGUGUUUGAGCCAUACUGGAUGAUAUAUGGAGAAGUCUAUGCUGCAGAGAUAGAUGUUUGUGCAAGCCAGACGUCUUGCCCCCCUGGAUCUUUUCUUACUCCGUUCCUGCAAGCUGUCUACCUCUUUGUGCAGUAUAUCAUCAUGGUGAACCUGCUGAUUGCUUUCUUCAACAAUGUCUAUGUAGAUUUGAAAUCCAUCUCAAAUAAGCUGUGGAAAUACAACCGCUACCGCUACAUCAUGACCUACCACGAGAAGCCCUGGCUUCCACCGCCCCUGAUUCUCCUGAGCCACGUUUGCCUGCUCCUCCGCCGCCUGUGCCACCACCCAGCGCCCGGUGACCAAGAAGAGGGUGAUGUGGGCUUAAAACUCUACCUGAGUAAGGAGGAUCUGAAAAAACUUCAUGAUUUUGAAGAGCAGUGUGUGGAAAAAUACUUCCACGAGAAGAUGGAAAAUCUGAAUUGUAGUUGUGAGGAACGAAUCCGAGUGACAUCAGAAAGGGUUACAGAGGUGUACUUCCAGCUGAAAGAAAUGAAUGAAAAAGUGUCUUUUAUAAAGGACUCCUUAAUGUCUUUGGACAGCCAGGUGGGACACCUGCAGGACCUCUCUGCCCUGACUGUGGACACCCUAAAAGUCCUGUCUGCUGUUGACACCUUGCAAGAAGAUGAGUCUCUCCUGGCCAACAGAAAACACUCUACUUGCAGAAAACUUCCCCACAGCUGGAACAAUGUCAUCUUUGCAGAGGUUCUAGGCAGCAUGGAGAUGUCUGGGAAGAAGAAAUACCAGUAUUAUAGCAUGCCCCCUUCUUUGCUGAGGAGCCAGGCCAGAGGCCAGCACCCCCUAAGAGUGCAGAGGGGGGCCUUUCCUGAGACUACAGAUAGUCAGAGAGAGGCAUUGAAUGUAAGAGAUGACCAGGAAGAGCAAGAAACAGAAAAUAGGAGACUUGCUUUUGGGGUGUCUCCUAAUAGACAAGCACACUCGAAGUAUGGCCAAUUUCUCCCUGUCCCUUCUAGUCCAAAGCAAGUUCCUUUUUCUGUAGAAACUGUUUUGCCUCUGUCCAGACCAUCUGUGGAAGGAGGUCCAGAUGUGCUGGCAGCUGAACAGGUCGUGCACAGCGAGGUUCCUGUUCACCUGCCUUGGCAGAGCCCCGUUGUCGCAGACCAGCCAUCAGUGGCUGAGCCCAUGGAGCAGCACCAGCCGAUGGCUCAGAUACCAGGCAAGCCAGGCAACGUGGAGCAAGUGCUACCCACUUUGAGUUGCACCCCUGCACCCCUGACAAUGACUUCCCUUCCUUCCCAAGUCAAGAGCAUGCAGACUGGAGGUGGAUACGUGAACUGGGCAUUUUCAGAAGGUGAUGAAACUGGUGUGUUUAGCAUUAAGAAAAAAUGGCAAACCUGCUUGCCCUCCACUUGCAGCAGUGACUUCACUCAGAGUGAACAAUGCCAGUCGCAGAGCCAGAGCAGCUCCCUGUCUGAUAGCUCUUCAGCAAGACUGGCCCCGAGUAGUGAUUGCUCAAAGGUGGGACCAUGGCUCCAGCUAAACACAUCCUUUUGGAUCAAUUCUCUCCGCAGAGACAGGCCUUUCACUAGGAGUCAUAGCUUUAGAUUCCACAAGGAGGAGAAAUUGAUGAAGAGCUCUAAGAUGAAAAAUCUUUCAAGAUCCUCAGAAAUAGGGCAGUCAGCUUGGAUCACAGCAAAGAUGCUAGCCAAAGACAAGAGACUGGCAAAGAAAAGGAGGAAUACACAAGGACUACAAGUGCCAAUCAUAACAAUCAAUGCCUGCUGUCAAAGUGACCAAUUAAAUCCAGAACCAGGAGAAAAUAAUAUCUCAGAAGAAGAGGAGUGCAACAAGAACUGGCUUACGGGGUCCAAAUUUAGUCAGAUAAAUCUGGAACAUUAUUUAUACCAGAAAAUGAAAAUGAAAGAAAUUGAUCAACAGGCUAUACAAGUCAGUGAUUACCUGAAGCAGUCUCAAGAGGACCUGAGUGAACACUCUUCGUGGAGUUCCCGGAGCACGGACCUCAACAGGAACUCCCCGUUGAGAAGUUCAAAUGGAAUUGACAAGAUCUCAGCCUCCUUAAAAAGCCCUCAAGAGCCCCACCAUCAUUAUUCAGCCAUUGAAAGGAAUAAUUUAAUGAGGCUCUCUCAGACCAUACCGUUUACACCAAUCCAACUGUUUGCAGGAGAAGAAAUAACUAUCUACAGGCUGGAGGAGAGUUCUCCUUUGAACCUUGAUAAAAGCAUGUCCUCUUGGUCCCAGCAUGGGAGAGCUGCAAUGAUCCAGGUGCUGUCCCAAGAGGAGAUGGAUGGUGGCCUCCGCAAAGCCAUGAGAGUCAUCAGCACUUGGUCUGAGGAUGACGUUCUCAAGCCAGGACAGGUUUUCAUUGUGAAGUCCUUUCUGCCUGAGGUUGUGCAGAUGUGGCAAAAAAUCUUCCAGGAGAGUACUGUGCUUCAUCUUUGCCUCAGGGAAAUUCAACAACAAAGAGCUGCUCAAAAACUGAUCUAUACCUUCAACCAAGUGAAGCCACAAACCAUUCCCUACACGCCAAGGUUCCUGGAAGCUUUCUUAAUCUACUGCCAUUCAGCCAACCAAUGGUUGACCAUUGAGAAGUAUAUGACAGGGGAGUUCCGGAAGUACAACAACAACAAUGGUGAUGAAAUCACCCCCAGCAACACCCUGGAGGAGCUGAUGUUGGCUUUUUCCCACUGGACCUAUGAGUAUACUCGGGGAGAGCUUCUGGUUUUAGAUUUGCAAGGCGUUGGAGAAAAUUUGACAGAUCCAUCUGUUAUAAAACCUGAAGACAAACAAUCAAGAGGAAUGGUGUUUGGACCAGCCAAUUUGGGGGAAGAUGCAAUUAGAAACUUCAUUGCAAAACAUCGUUGCAACUCCUGCUGCCGGAAGCUCAAACUCCCGGAUUUAAAAAGAAACGACUAUUCCCCUGGAAGGAUAAAUUCCACCUUUGGACCCGAGGUCAAAAUAGAACCAGCCGAGGGACAUCCAGUAAGGGAGAGGGCUAGAAAUUCCCCAGAAGAUCAUACACGACUGUGAAAAGGGGAGAAGCAAGAUGGCCACGUGCUGGCCCCUCCUGCCAUGAGCUCUACGGUGACAUCGAUCGGUUGACGUAACCGUUAUGAAUUACAUCCGAGUCUCCGUCAGGACCGCGUUACGCCUUGGGCUCCUUGGGACACGCCUUCUGAGCCUCCCUCUGCCCCGACCCAAGGCCUCACGGGUGUAUGAUGAUUGGGUUCUCCUAGGUACUGACCUCUGUGCAGGGCACUUUGCGUCUCCAUCCUCAAGUGCCUCAGAAAGACCCUUGGACGAGUCAGCUGGGAAUGGUGUUCCUUUAUACCUCAUUGCUUUAGCUGGUCGUUUGGAACCCUUGCGGCAGAAUGCUGCACGCCAAAGCUCCAGGGGGAUGAGUUUAAUUUAUUUUCUCACUGCAUGUGCAGACAGCGCCCCUCCACCGCUAUUCAUCACCUCACCCCCAGACUGUAUUUAUGUCUAUAUAUGUACAAAAAAAAAAGUUAUGUGACUUCCUCCUCUCCACAGCAUAGGACUUUGAAUAGCAACACUAGGGAAAACAAUGGAAUGAGGGUGUCUAUGCACAGAUUGGAGCACCCUCCUGCACAAGCUAACCUGCAAAAAGUUAGUAGCCUGGUGAAAUCUAAAGGGGUUUGAGGUAUUGUCAGUGAAUUCUACGAUGCCUGAGCCUUUCAGGUUUCCCUGAAAGAAAGGAAAAGGGAAAUCUAAAACAAAUGCUCUUGCAUUUUUCCUUUUUUUUUCAAAUAAGAGAACAAAGCUAUGAAAAACUGGAAAUUCUUGAGAGAGGGUUUCCCUUCCCUUAAGCUCAGGGGUAUUAUCAGUUAGAGUUGACUAAGUCAACCUUUAAAACAUCACUCCCUUUUCUAAAGUUGCAUAUAUAAUAUUGCAGGCUAAAUUACCCUAUGUCAGGAAGGUGUGAUUUCAGACUGAAAACAGGCUUCCCAGGUUUUCAGGUGUUUGCUUCCUUCCAGGUGCAAAGUUCCCAAGCCUUAAAGUGUGCUGUAUAUAUUUUAAAGUACUGCCUGAGAAUACGUUGCCAGUUUCCCACGAAGAACUGGAAGCUACAGUGAGUAGCAUGUUUGGGGGAUCAGUUGUCCCUCUUGCAUGCUGGGCCGGGUUGCCCUACCUCAGAGCAAGCAUGAGCUUUCCACACACGGAGAGGUAGAGGGCUGGGAACGCUCUCCCCUCUCCUCCUGAAUCUCCUUUUUUUUAUUAUAAGGUGCUCCAAUCUACCAGCAGCAAACCUCCAGGGUUUGAAAAUUUUCAGCUUACCAUUAUCUUUGAUUCUUAUGUUAGCUGACUUGCUGCUAAACCUGCUCUCAUACUCUACUCUCCUGCCUUCUUUGGUUAUACUUCAGAGGAAAUGUUGCUUAGGGCGAUGGAAAACCAAAAAUUUAGUUUGCCGAUGAUUGUGUCUGAUUCUUGUAAGUUUGAGUUAUACAAGGGCUAAUUUCUACCCCUUUACUUUGGUCUCGGGGGUGGUGGGAGGCGGGAAAUUUGGGUGAUUUUUUGAUUGGCAAUGAGGAUAAAGUAAAUAUUUUUCAGGGACUUAACAGCUUUAUCCUUUUCUGUGAAUCAAUAAGGAAUCAAUUGGUACUCCAGUGCUGCAUUCAACGAUGGGAAGAGGCAGAGUUUGCCUAUCCAAGGGUCGAACUAAAGGCAUCAAUUCAUUGGUCAAAUAUUUGUUACCUGGAAUGGAACUUGAA